UACGGCAUGCGGGAUGGGCCAAACGCGCUCGGAUCUCUCGCGCAGCAGCAGCAGCGGCGGCGGCGCCACCUCCGGAGCCAAGCGGGAAGCGGGCGAGACAAGCCAGCGAAUCCGUGUCCGCACGUCCAGGAGCGGGGAGAAGCGACGCGGGCACCGGUCGAAAAGGAAUCCGAUGAAAAAUAAAGUGCUGUCGUGUCUGGGAAGGAGAAAGCGAGACCAGACGGAGGCGGCGUUCGGUUGCGGAAACGGAGCCGAGGCAGCGACGCGCAGCGAUCACAGGGUGGGAAAGUUGCCGAGGGACGAGGUCGUGUCGGCGGGUGGGGAGCACCGAGCGGCCCCGGGUAGUAUCGAGGCACCGUCCGGCCUCGAUGAGAAAGCCCGACGCGUCGUGAGCGGGGAGCGGGCAGCGGCGGGCUCGUCCGAUGCGUCAGACCCGGAGAGGCGGCCCGGUGAAGACAGCAGUGCGGGCGGAGAGGUUCAGAAAUCCGUGCGGGAGGACAAUGCCUCGGAUCCCCCGGCGAGGGCCAUGGAAGAUCAGCCACUGGGGGGGAACCACCACGGUCGUUUUGUGUCUGGGGCUCGGGUAUUGACGGAGACGAGUGGGACCGCAGCCCCGCCGCUCACCUCUGACCUGGGCACUCUGUUUGGCUUUCCCCCGGAUCCACCUUUGGAUCUUGGACUUUCGCUCACGGAGGCUAAAAUGACUAAAGCCGACCGUAGCCCCGUGUCGUGUCCGCCCACAGCGGCCGGCGACCAGAACAACUGCUGUGUGGUGAGAAGCGAGACCCCCACGGACUCGGAUCAGGGCCCCCUCACCCCCCCAGGAGGCCCCAGUUUCCAGGGAACCAUACCGACAUUCAUCAUAACCAGGGACCCCAGUCCGGCCCGCUCCCAGGGGGGUCCCCCGGCCCUGCUGAGUUUCUCCACGGAGCUCAGCUCGAGUCUCGAGCCUCACGCCGACGCCGAGUCCCCCUGCUCGGACAGCGGCUGCGGGGGUUCCCCCGCCCUGAUGCGAUCCCCGAGGAAGCUGUCCAACUCGUCCUCCCUGUGCCUGUCCUCCGCGUCAUCCUUCGAGGAGUCCGAGGACGACUUCACCGGCAGCGACAUCGAGUCCAGCCUGUCUCCGGCCCGGUCUAUGAACAGCCCGGACGAUGGGACAGUGAAUAGGUCCUGGCAGAAGCUGAAGACGAUGGUUCACUGGUCCCCCUUCGUCGUGUCUUUCAAGAAGCGUUACCCGUGGGUGCAGCUCGCCGGCCAUGCAGGUAACUUCCAGGCGGGGGAGUACGGCCGCCUGUUGAAGCGAUACUGUGAGUGUGAGCAGCAGAGUCUCCAGCAGCUGAUGAAGGACACUCUGCGGCCAUAUGUGCCCGGCUACUACGGUGUGGUGCAGCGAGAUGAGCAGGACUACAACCUGAUGGACGACCUGCUGGCUGACUUCGACUCCCCCUCCAUCAUGGACUGUAAGAUGGGCAGCAGGACGUACUUGGAGGAGGAGCUGAUAAAAGCCAGAGAGCGUCCACGUCUGCGGAAGGACAUGUACGAGAAGAUGGUGGCGGUGGACCCCGGGGCCCCCACAGAGCAGGAGAGGGCCCAGCAGGCCGUCAUCAAGCCCAGAUACAUGCAGUGGAGGGAGACGCUCAGCUCCACGGCCACCAUGGGAUUCCGCAUCGAAGGCAUUAAGAGAGCUGAUGGAACAUGUAACACCAACUUUAAGAAGACGAAGCACAGGGAGCAGGUGAUGCUGGCCCUCAGAGACUUUGUCGACGGCAACACUCAGACUCUGAAACUCUACCUGCAGCGGCUGGAGGAGCUCCGCUCGGCCCUCGAGAAGUCGCUCUUCUUCAGGACUCACGAGAUCGUGGGCAGCUCCCUGCUGUUUGUGCACGAUGCCUCUGGGAAGGCCCGGGUGUGGAUGAUCGACUUCGGGAAGACGGUCCCCCUGCCCGACCUGCAGACCCUGGACCACAGGACCCCCUGGUUGGAGGGCAACAGGGAGGACGGCUACCUGUGGGGACUGGACAACCUCAUUGACAUUUUCAGCAGCAUGCUUCCUCAGACGCCUUGAGAGGGAGAAGCAGGAGACUGGAACGAAAGAUUGAUCCCAAUCCAAAAGGUGGAAGAUUAUGCACGAUCGGGGGAAUCUGAAAACUGACAGAGGAAAGAUUAGAAGAGUAUUUCCAGACCCCCUUUAUGAUCCCAGUGUCUCUAUCCACAUGGACCUGUGAAAGAAGAGGAGGGGCAAACAAGAGCAGGAUUUCUAUUGCAGAGUGGAACAUGCUAAAAGCCAAUGUCAUGUAACAAGCUCCAUCUACGGAGGAGGAGGGGGGGAGAAUUGACACUUCCUGCUAAGACAAACUGAACAUGACUCAUCUCCCUCCUCACCAGCUCCCCCUGCUGGUUGGAGUUGCACAGAGCGCUCAGUUUGAUCCUUUUUUUUUAAAAAACGCAGCUUUGGAGGAGUUUGGUAACGGGGAGCUUUAUUAAUGUCAUGGACCACUUUUGAUGUGUAAACACUAAAACACUGGUCAGACCACGUGUUAACUAACUCGGUGUGUAAAUACGACUUUAUUUAAACCUUUUUUUUGGCCUUGGUAUAACCUCUUUACCUUGUACGAUUUCUGUGCCUGGCAUUUCGUGAAGCACGAGCUGUUUGAUCAUUCCAGUGCAGUGGACUCCUGCUGUUUCUCUUCCAAAGAGUUCACCCCAAGUAUAAACUGAUUUGCAUCUAAUCCCAACGUUUAACUUCUAGUAGAAACUCAUCAUUUCUUAUUUGGACAUUUGUGUGAUUAUGCAGUGAAAGAUGUGUUUUUUUUUGUACACUAUAAUCAGCUUGGCAGCCACGUUUGUUGGGAAUUUGUUGCACUAUGGAUCCUCACAAAGCCAUUGAACAAAUCGAGCAGUGCCUCUGUGCGUCUUAAAGUGGGAAGCAGCAGUCAAGUACUGGGUUUACAGCCGUUUAAUGUGGAUUUAAUCUCUCACCCCUUGAUUCUCUCUGAUCAGUGUUGCUGUAGAUUUUCUUUUUUGACGGAAAAGUCAAGUGACGGCGUUGAGGGUGAAAUGAAACUGGAAUUACCUGAUUUAAACUUAUCAGACUUUUCUCACGUGAUUUCACUUAUGCGGCGACUUCCCACGCGAUCAUGAAAUUUGAAAGUGUCUUAUGAUGCAAAGGACAAUGUGUUAUUGAGUAUCAGUUUAAAACACGAGGAUGUUGUAAACCUCAUUUUGCUAAACUCAACAGGAGGUUUGUGGGUUUGGAUUUGUGUACGCACGAUCAAGAGUUUACGACAUUUGUUAUGGUCGGAUAUUAAGGCCGUGCUUCUGAUCAUACGAUUCCUUGACUGGAAUGCAGCAGGUUGGUGAACAUAGCGUUCUUCAGUCUUCCAGACAGAAUUCGACUGUGUCACUCCGCACUGCGAGUGUAAGUGUGUGUGCGUGUGUGAAAGUGAGUGCGUGUGUAUCUCCAGGUUGGCGGUUGACUUGGCACACAAAUUGUCUAAGAGUGCUGCAAAUGUUUUGACUUCAUGAAAUUAGAAUUUAAAUUCAGAGUUUUUCCAUCUCUGCUAAACAAACGUACAGGGGGAGAGGAGGACUAAUGUUUACAAAGUGUUUAUAUUUCUUUACCCACAAAUCCUCUUUAUUUGUAAAAAUGGCAAACUGUCAGCUUUUCAAACUGGGUGCUGCUCUAUCGGAAAGAAAACUGGAUUCAUAGCCACAUUUUGUAUCUUUUGAAGACGGCGCGUUUUAAAAGUUGUCCGUCCCUGCUUUGUCCAGAAGGUUGUGGAUUGCAAUAAACUGGAAAUUUUAACGUU